AUGCGGGAGGCACAGUUGGGCUCCCACACGAUUCAGACCCACGGAGUGAGACUGGCCAGAAAGCACACGCACGACUGGGUUGUUCUGAUUCUUCUGGCUGCACUAGUGGUUGCCCUGCAUUACGCUCCCCCGUUCAGUCGAUUCGUCGGGAAGGACAUGAUGACUGAUAUUAGGUACCCGGUGAAACCAAGCACAGUACCAGCGUGGGCUGUCCCUAUGAUCUCUAUACUCUGUCCCUGGCUCGUCUUCAUAUCCAUAUAUGCUUCCAGGAGAGACAUUUAUGAUCUGCAUCACGCAGCACUAGGUGUCCUUUUCGCUGUGCUGAUAACUGCAGUUUUUACUGAUGUGAUAAAGACUGCAGUAGGGAGACCAAGGCCAGACUUCUUUUGGCGAUGCUUUCCUGAUGGAAAGCAGUUGUACAAUCAGGUGACUGGUGAUGUGAUUUGCCAUGGUGAGAAAAACUUCUUAACGGAUGGGCGCAAGAGCUUUCCUAGUGGCCACACUUCGUGGUCUUUUGCUGGUCUUGGAUUUUUAUCACUCUACUUGUCAGGCAAAAUUAAGGCCUUCGAUCGCCAAGGUCACGUGGCCAAACUUUGCAUAGUGAUCCUUCCGCUUCUUCUUGCUUCACUUGUUGGGGUUUCAAGAGUAGAUGAUUAUCGACACCACUGGGAGGAUGUGUUUGUUGGCGGCCUUAUUGGAUUUAUCAUGGCAGUGCUGUGUUACUUGCAUUUCUUUCCUCCUCCAUACCAUGAUCAAGGCUGGAGACCAUAUGCAUACUUCCACAUGCUGGAAGAACUUCAAGCCACAAAUUCAAACAACGCACAAAACCAACAGUCCACAGGUGGUCAUCGCAUUGCCAUGUCCGAGCAGCAGCAUAACAGGACAUCAAGAAACGAUUUGGAAUCUGGAAGCGUGUAA